UCUGUCGGAAGGACUGAGCUGGUGUAGCUGUUACACAAGAAGAGAGCAGCAGGCACCGGGGCUCAGAUUGCCUCCCUUCUGCUGACGAGAAGGUAUAGAGAAGCCGAUGGAAGCAACAGAGCCGUAAAGAAAUGGGCUAGCUAUUCCCCGAGGCUGUGAUCUGGAAGCAUUUGGAGGUAGGUUGAGUCACCAGAAAGACUGGCCCGAGGUGAGCCAGGCACAUCCGCGUUAGGACUCAGAGACACGCCUUCUUCUCACACAAACCUUCCAGAUCCCAGCCGCCUAGGCGGACUCCCGGGUGGUGCUACCAGCCCUGCCACUCGGGACAGGCAGAGGUUGGGGACCGCCUGGCGUUGCACCGAUCGGGAUCCACAGGUUGCAGACGCAGGGAGCGGUGCCCAUGACCGUGACGCUGUGAGGCUGCGGGUGUGCGGUGGCUGCUGGUGGGUCCCGGAGCUCAGGAAGACCGGAGCGGCCCUGAAACCUGACACCAGAGCCCUCGCUGUGGCUGUCCCCCGAGCUGUAAAUGAGGAAAAGUCUUGGCAUUUGGCUCAGCUGGAAAUCAGUAGUCCGUCCUGCAAGUCUAUCGUCCUCUCCAGUGUGUCUUUACAUCUGAACACUGAGGUCCAGGCUCAUCAAGAUCAUCACUAUGACUGAUGGAGAUUAUGAUUAUUUGAUUAAACUCCUGGCCCUUGGAGACUCGGGAGUAGGCAAGACAACAUUUCUUUACAGAUACACAGACAACAAAUUCAAUCCCAAAUUCAUCACUACAGUUGGAAUAGAUUUUCGGGAAAAACGUGUGGUUUACAACACACAAGGAGCCGAUGGGUCUUCAGGGAAAGCGUUUAAGGUACACCUGCAGCUUUGGGACACUGCUGGACAAGAGCGAUUCCGGAGCCUCACCACCGCCUUUUUCAGAGACGCCAUGGGCUUCUUGUUAAUGUUUGACCUCACCAGUCAACAGAGCUUCUUGAAUGUCAGGAACUGGAUGAGCCAACUGCAAGCAAAUGCUUACUGUGAAAACCCAGACAUAGUACUAAUCGGCAACAAGGCGGACCUGCCAGACCAAAGGGAAGUCAAUGAACGGCAAGCUCGGGAGCUGGCUGAAAAGUAUGGCAUCCCAUACUUUGAAACAAGUGCUGCAACAGGACAGAAUGUAGAGAAGUCUGUGGAAACCCUUCUGGACUUAAUAAUGAAGAGAAUGGAACAAUGUGUAGAGAAGACACAGGUUCCGGACACUGUCAAUGGUGGAAAUUCUGGAAAGCUGGAUGGGGAAAAGCCAGCAGAAAAGAAAUGUGCCUGCUAGAGACACUCCUCCUAGGAACCAGUGAUGAAGAGCCCACCCAAAUACUACAUCCUGAAAUAAUGCAAACCACAAAGUUGUUGUUGAGUAGAUCAUGAGCAAUGGCAUGUCUUUCUCUUCCUACCCCAAUCUAUUUUAAUAAACCAGAAUAGUCAAUAGUGUUAAAAGAACUGUACUGUUAACCUGAGUCCCUUCCAAACAAAAAUCAAAGUUCUCCUAAGGUGGUCUCACCAUCGUGGAUGCUUGGUUGUAUUUUUAUAAAGAAGUUGUGUAUAUGAGAAGAAGUAUCUGUGACUUUUAAACAAAAGCACAUAUUACUAUCAGCCUGGAGAAAGGAAUAGGCUAACUAAAAAGAAUAUGAAAAGAUGAUUUCUGUUCACAUCUAUUUAUGUGAAGUAUGAUUCAUAGUCUAUAUUUACACUGGGGAAAACAUAUUCCUAAAAUAGACACAUAACAAAUAAUUCUGUGUGGCUUAUUAAGGAUGACUACAUUUACCCAAUAAGCUACACUGAUAAGGUUGUGAGUGGGUGAAUGUCAGAUUUCUUGAAGGAAAUUGUGUAAUAAUGCCAUUUAUAUAUAUAUAUAUAUAUAUAUUUUUUAUAAAUGGCAGAGAGACAAGAAUAGGACCAUGGAUGAAAAAAUAUAAGGGACACUCCUUGGAGGCAAAUGAAACAUGGGAAUAUGGCAGUUGAACAGGUAAAAUGAAAUGGAUCUUUGAGAUAAGUCUGAGAGAGUCACUUAGCCAAAUUUCACUGAAGCAGAUUAGAACAUUAUCAGCUGAGAUUGAGAAGGCCUUUAGAAGCUCCAAUUCAAACAAUUCAAGUUUUUAGCAUUGCUUCUGAUAGUGCCUAAGUUCACAUUUUAUUUUUAUUUUUUUGUCAAAUUCUUAUAAAGAGUCACAAGAAAAAAUAAAUGAUAUUCCUUGAAUAUACCCUAUAAAUGUAGUCAAGAAACUUAACAUUAGUCUUAAAGUUUCCAAAUACAAAAUUUGUUGAUGGUAGAAAACAAGGAAUGAUUGUUAGUUGUGGGUUUUGCUUCAUUUUAGAAAAGCACUAGAAAUUCUAAGUCACAUUUUCUCUCUAUACCACACUUAUCUCUGUGUUGAAGCAGUUAUACCAAUGAAGGUAUGUUCAUGGAUCAAUAACUUCAAAAUAAUUAUGGACCAGUAACUAUGGUCACCCUGAAUUUUCAUACCAUCAAUAACCAAAAAUUGGUGAUGUCUCAUUCUUUAUUAUAAUAUCUUUAUUUUGUCAAGAGGGAAAAUAACUAUAGUUGAGAUAUACUUGAGAAAAUAACAAGGACAGAUCUGUAUUUUAUCUCACCAAAACUGUAGCCAGUGGUUUUAUUUUUCCUUGAAGCUGCCUUUUCUUUCUGGAAUUAACCACAGAAUUCACACUGACUUAUUCAGUUGUGAAAACUCAUAUUGUAUUAGUUUUUAUUAUCUUAAUUUGGCAUACAUAUAACCCAAUCCUAUCAAAGUGUCAUUUAAACGUAUCAGUCCAUUUUACCAAUAAUAAAUUGCUUUGAGUUUUCUGUUUUCUUUGAGCCUACAGUUGGUGAUAGCAUACUUUCUCAUCCUUUAAAACAUUUUCAAUCUCAAACUUUUGCAUACCUUGCCUCCUUUAAAAAUUACAAACAUUGCAAAGUAAAAUCCCAGUGCCAUUUUAAACCUUUUCCUGCUAUCUUCCAUUUGGUGUCCAGUCAAUUUCAGAAACAUACACAGAUCUGAGGACAUGUCUACAUAAAAUGAUUUUAAGGUAAGUUGAAUCCAGAACUGUACCACUAAUGAACAAAUCAACACCAUGUAGAAGCUUGUAAGGCAUCCGCCCUUAGUACAAUUCUCAGUGCUAAUAGCCCAUGACCUCCAACUUCUAUGAUUGAUUCUAGGUUAAUAUUCCCACUGUCUGGGAUGCUCUUCUUGAUCUCAAAGUCUGUGCCAUGGGUGGAGAAAGCUCAUGUCUUCUGGACAGAAAGUAGAAAGAAAUGACGACAGCUAUCACAGAAUCUGGUGAAUAUAUUGAGGUCAAUAAAUAUAUUUAUGAUUUUGAUUCAAAUUGUACCAGUAUUUCCAUAACAGGGAAUGGUUGAGUCAUAUGAUAGUGAAGGAAUUAUAUCUUUCCAAUAUACAGUUUCUCAUUGUGUUCUAGUUAUAAUUAAUUUGCUUAUGCCAACAUUUUUCACUGUCAGAUGAGAAUUUUUCAGGAUCUGCUUUAAGAGAAUCAUUGAUAAUUGUAGCAUGAAGUGGAGGGCAAUGAUACCUAUAAAUACGGAAAUGUGCCUAUAAGAGUAACAAGUAUUAAAUACUGGGUAAUAAACUUGGGAGGGUUGACAUUUCAAGCUGCAAAAAAAUGAAAAUAUUCUACUUAUAAACACUUAAUCAAGAAAUAUUUCUGUCUGUAAAUCUUGAUGUCUGACUUUGAAAUCUAUUUGACUAUUGUUAGAAAUGCAUUCUCGUAUGAUUUCCAGAUCCUAGUUCCAUAAUUUCAUUAUAUAACUUCAAAUUGAACUGGUGCCAUGAAUAUUCUGCUUUAAAGAGCUCUGUACUUUUUAUCCCACUACAACAUGUAUGUUCAGUUGUUCCCUUUUAACAAUUACCUCCCAAAUGCUUGUGUUUUUUGAGAGGUAUGUAAUGUACAUGAUACUUCUUUCUGACACAGAGCCCGAGUCUAGAGUGUUUACACUGGUUGAUGUUUACAUUGCCCAAACUCAGUGCCUCAAACACCUCUGUGACCAGUUUUGUCUCCGACCACAUAACUCAUUUUCUCUAAUCUUAGGUCUCCAGAAGGUCUCACAGAGACAAUACUAUAGUGCAAAGCCAGCUGAUAGCAGCAAAGGAUUCAAGAACAUCAUUGGGAUCUGGAGAUUAUUGCUACCUUCUCCUAGCCUGACACAGAUUAGACAUUUCUUGGGAGUUAACUAUAAGUUGGUAUAAUUCUAUUUUUAAUCUAAUAUAAGAAUUAUCUUUUGAAACAUAUGCAAAAUAGUGAAGAGAACAUACUGUUGAUCUUAGUCUGACUAUUGUAACAAGUUGUGACUAAGUGGAGAAAAUGCUGUCUAUUGGGAGAUGAACUUAGAUCUCUCUGUAAUAGUUUCAAAAUUCAUAAUUUACUAAUUUAGUCAAUUCGCUAUCAUUUUACUGUAAAAAAAAUACCAAAACCAGCAUUUUCAAAAGCAUUUUAUCUGUUAAUUUUUAACCAGAUUAGACAUUCUAUACUUCAGUGGGUGGCUUUGUUCUAAUGUAUAGUUAUUGUUUGCCAACCUGUACUGAAAAGGUGACUGGUUAAGAGUUUUAAUCUGUUUUGUUGUCCUUUGUAUCAAGAAGAAGAAAGGAAGGAAAGAAAGAAGGAAGGAAGGAAGGAAGGAAGGAAGGAAGGAAGGAAGGAAGGAAGAACUUGACUAUAAGCUCUGUAGCAUGAAUUAAAGAUCUGUAAUAACAAUCUCACUCCGAAGACAUUUAAAGCUCUGGACUGAGUCUAUUGGGACUCAACAGAUUUGAUGAGGCUGGGGCACCUCCUCAUUAAUAUCCAAGGAUACCAGUUAGAGGAAGCCCUAUGUGAUGGUGCAGUGUGUUCCUAGACAAGGUGAACAAACCAGAGCGCCUAUGAAGGAGACCAUUCACUCUUCUGUAUCUCUUUUCUCUUAAUGAAGAAAACAAAUUGCCUUCCUUGCUGUAUAUCACACUUAAAAAUGUGAUGGUGAAUUGUCAUCCAUGGAGGAUUUUAGAGUUAUGUUCAACACUCAAACUAUAAAGAAGUAACAUUCCGAGUCUAUGGCUUGCUAGGAUAUGUAGUAACUCCUUGAAGGUCUGGGGAUGUACAGGCUCAGAUGUAGGAUACCUGAGCAGUAUGUCUGGGGACUUGGGUUUGACAGAAGGGCAGGGAGAAGAAGGGGGAGCGAAGUUUAACCAAAGUGAAAGAAAACCUGGUUUUCAUUUUCUGCUACCAAGCUUUACAAUACUGACCUAUAAGUGUGAAUAUUUUAAAGAAAGCUUUAUAAAUUUUCAAGAUGCCAAGAAACUCAUUAUGGUUGCCCAAGAAUUCACUCCAUUAUAUUUUCUUCCCAAUAUUUAACCACAAUGAGGUCAGCUUAUUUCUGAGGUGACUGCAGAGAUCUGAGACCUGACAAUAGGUACUGGGUAGUGACUGAGAGUUAUCUCAAUGCAUGGAGCUGCCUGUCUCAUAGUAUAAAAAUGAUAAACACUGUUGGGUAUAGAGAAGAUUUUAUUUAAAAAAAUUAUUGUUAUUGAAUUUUUGAGUGGUGUCCAACCACAAUGAUGUCAUUGAUUAAGAAAUUGGAAGAUAUAGGAGUGACAAGCUAGCUAGGUCAUGUCUUUCAAUAUAGGAGAUCAUGGAGAAGGCCAUAGGUUGACUUAGGCAGACAAGGAAAAGUUUUACCAUUUUUAAACUAGAUCUGUGGAAAUGUUUCCUUGUUAUUUUUAUCUGCUUUGUGGAGUUUAUGCCCUUAGAACCAAGCUAAGAAAAAUGUAUGUGCUUACAUGUAUGACUACCAAAUAUUUAGGUUACUUAAAAAUAUUUCAUUUACUACAUAUGAGUCUGAAAUUCUUAAUAAUGAAUGUUUUUCAUUUCAAGCAAUAACAUUUAAAGAUGCUUUAUUGCCACUUUCUUUGAACCAACAGUUUAUGGCUGAGGUGUUAUGUAAUUUCAUGUGUGAAAAGAUCGUUAACCAAACAUAAGUAAGAAAGAACCAAGGUUAAACAUUAGUACUGAAAUGGUAGAACUCUUUGAAAGGAUAUCACCUUUUUAGGGAUCGCCUCUGGCUUACCUUUGCUUUGCUGCCUCCUUUCCUUUCUAAGAGGUCAUCUGCAUUGUGGCUAGUACCUCUUAGCGAACUUAGUCGUUAGCAAAUCCUACAGGAGCCAGCUCAUCAUGCCUUCAUUGAAUAGCUCCCCCAUUUAACCAGUAACUGUUGUCCUCAUGUCAAACACUAUAUAGAGUAAGGGACUCAGUCAUAUAUCCUUAUUGUUUUGUUCUAUGUGAUUCUUGUCCCCAGAUGCUCUUUGAUGGAGAAUCUGUUGUAGAAAGAAAAACAGCCAGAAAUGACAACUUCAGGACCAUGUGGCUUCUCUCACACAGAACUUUACAAACAUUGAGUAAUUCAUAACGUUCAAGUUAGGUUCCAAAGAAUGGUACAAAAGAAACUGUUCUCUUUCAUAAACAGACACCAUUAUCAUAAACUAAGAAAAAAUAAAUUCACUCUUAACUUGGGCCACUUGUCAUGAUAAGAUGUACAGCAGGACCAUCACAGUAACUAUAAUAGACUGCUAAAUGGAUUGGCAGUCACCUUGAGGUCACUGCAUUUGAUUGAAAAUGUGUUAUGUAUUUUACUGUUGGGAAAAAAAAAACAUGAGCUCUGUUUUAAUUAAUGUGUCAUCUUGUGCUUCUUUCAAGGAGACAAAUUGGAUUCAAUGUAGUAUAUUACAAGUUGGUUAAAAUCCCAUGUACAAAUUUUAUGUUUAAAAGAUUCUUGUAUUUGAAGUUAAGAAAAUAAAUUAUCCUGCUUUACUUUAUGUGUGAAAGUAGAUUUUCUGAUGACACUGAAGUGCUUCAUGGUAGCUCAACAAUUUCUGUUCCAGGAAUAUUAUCCAUCUCUUUAACCUGAGCAUGUUUAUUUUGUCUGCUUUCUUUAUGGAUCUCAGUUCUGUCUAGUGCUUUCAAUGUAACUUAAGACUUUGAGUGUGGCUUUUUCAAUGUGCUUCCAAGCGGCAGUGGUUUCUGACAAACACUAUUAGGUCAUUAUUUGUUAUAUCAAAGUUCCACUGGCUUCAGAAAUCAUAGCACCCUGUGAUUUUGUAGUGUCUGGGUUUGACUAGUAUUGUUGAGACCUGUAACUAGUGAUUGUUCCUGCAUACUUUUCAAAUAAAAACAUGUUUUUAUCAAGUA